UGAAGGGUGUGCGUCAUCACCCAGUUUCAAACGAUUCAGACGAGUAUGGAAAAUUCAUCGCUGUCGUCGUCGACGUCGAUAUUGUUGUUGUCGGUGAUGUGCAAUUUUUUUUUCUCGCGUACGUGGAUGAACGCGGAAUAAUUUUUCUCGACUGAUCUAACGUGCCUCUGAGGGUCGGCAACCUAAGGGUAGAUGUAUAUGAUGAAAGGGGCUUAUUAGUAUGCUGGAUAAGCGGCGGCUACAUGCCUCCGGUACUUCGCCAUGCACCCUCAUCUUUGUGGUCGUUUUGGCACUAACUGGAUGCUUCUCGUUUUGGAUUCACAUCGAUGGUUCAGGAUCGCCGAUUCCUUACUCCAGCGGCGGUGUGGCCGCGCCAGGAUAUAUCCUUAUAUUUCCCGGAAACGUCACACCUUCCACGCAGCCCUACUCAAUAAACGAACUUCCGUCCGAUGAUAAAUCCACGCUGAUCAACAUCACGGACUUUAGGUUCAUUAUGAACCACAAUCCCUGUAAUCGUACGCAGCCAUUGCUAUUAAUGUUGGUUCACUCGGCGCCAGGGAAUUUCCCGAAGAGGCAUGUCGUGCGGGAGACCUGGGGUCAACAAGCGCCGGACGUGACUUUAUUAUUUCUCGUGGGAUACUCGAAGAAAUAUCAAUCCAAGCUCGAGAAGGAGAACGAGAAAUACCAAGAUUUAAUACAGGGAAACUUUCUUGAUGCCUACAGAAACAUGACCUACAAGCACGUUAUGGGAUUAAAGUGGGCUACUUAUUAUUGUCCAAGUGCCAAAUAUAUUCUUAAAUUAGACGAUGACGUUUUUGUUCAUUUACCGGCCAUGCUGGACUUUCUAACGCAUGGCCUUUCGCCGUGGGGUGCAAGACGUCUGAUUCUCUGUGAUCUUUUGUCGGCUUCCGCAGUGAAGAGAUCUUGGCGUUCAAAAUGGCGCGUCUCUCCUCAGGAGUAUCCCGGUAGACUUUAUCCCGCAUAUUGUGCGGGAUGGGCGAUCCUAUACUCUCCCGAUAGUGUAUUUAUACUGUACCGCGAGGCUCAGAAAGAGCCGUACUUUUGGAUCGACGACGUUCACAUUACCGGGACACUGGCUAGGAAAGUAAAUUUAACGCAAACCUCAUUACGCUCUUGGGUGCUUACGACUGAGAGCAUGCGGGACCUGCUGUCGAAUCCGAAUGCUCGACGAGAUUUUUUGUUCGGGCCUCCGGAUCUAACGGAGAACGGAAUACGAGCCUUAUAUAGUCUGGUUACUAAACCACGGCCUAGCAGUGAAAGCCUAUUGAAUUAAACGUCUAAUAGAACAAUUUCGUUAUACUUGAUCGCCGUAACGCGAGGACGGCGGAAAGAAAGAGAGAUACGAACAGCGAGUGUUCUUAUAUACUUUCUGCGUAUCUUAAUUCUAUAUGCAUUGCGAUAUGCCCUGUACAACAGUUCAACGUAAGUGUUCGAUUAUUUGCACAAUGUACAAACGCCAUAUUAUGUAUGAUACGUACGUAAUAAUGCGUUACAUAUAUGUGCAUAUGUGUAUAUAUGUAUAUAUAUAUAUAUACAUAUAUACACACACACACAUACACAGCGCAGCAAACACAUAUUACAAAAUUUACAAUUGUCUCAAACAAGAAAUGAAACGGGUAUAAUUUCGAUGAAUCUCUUUUAUUAUAGAUAUUAAGAGACACAUAAUUGUGUCUCGCGCUAAGUCACAGUCAGAAAACAGCAAAACGGAAAUGUGUACUUAUGUGCGAAUCGUCUAGUGUAGAAUAUUUCAAAUUAUCGAAUCUCAGAGUAAUGCCUGGACCGACCAAGUUCCUAAUAUUUGGAAAAGAUCCUUGUAUCGAUUGUUAUAUUUACACGUCGCAAAUAACACAUAGGGAUCAAUAUCACUUACUCAAACUCGAUGGAAUGAUACCGGUUUCAAUUCCUGUAUUUGAUUAUUAUUUAUAUUCGAAAAAUACUCAAAUAUAGUGUAAGUUUACCCAAGAUAUUAUAUAUUUACUUAUCUACUAAAUUGAAAGGGUUUAUUUCUCUAUUCGAGACUGCUAAUCUAUA